AAAAUGUUUCAACGGCGAGCUUCAAGCUCUUGCAAAUCGUCUCUUUUGGUUUAAAAAUAUCAACUUUAAAGAAACGGCGAAAAAAGUUAAAUAAAGAUGGAUUUAGUAGAUUUGGACGCGAAUAUGGAAAUCGAUGCUUUAGACGCAGGUUUUGAUAUCGAUGACUUACAAAACUAUCUUUCUGAUAAUACAUCACAGCUUCAGGAUCUGUUGCAAGAAGACUACACUAGAUUACCAGAAUAUUUGCUGGAUACAACUAACACAGAUUUGCAAUCUGAUCCUUUAACUAGGCUAAUUUGUUCAGGAGUGCUCCCUGAAAGUCCUCCUGACUCUGGAUCUGAACACAUCACUUCACCUCUUCACUCAUCACCUUCUCCUUUACACACUUCAUCAUCACCCUCAACCCUCUCUACCCCCUCCUCCCUCUCCCCCUCUACUUUCUCCACCCCCUCCCCUUUCUCCUCCCAGGAAGUGUCAGGAGGUGUGGUAUCUCACUACCCCUUCUCCUCCAAUACACAACAACAUCAACCCAGCAGUCUACAGCAUACUCAGAUUAGUCGAGACCUUCGAGAAAUUGAUUACACUAAACCUCUUCUGCUUUUGCAGCAAGGGGCUGAGGGCUUACACCAGGAUCUAAACCUUCCAUAUUUGGGGGGUAAACGAACCAGUUUACCCGCCAGAUUAAACCCUAUUCCUUUAAUCAAUCAAUCAAUACCGGUGCAGAGUACAAACUCCAGUCUAAUCGGGCGUAGUAAUCCGCCAAAUAGUUUUAUGAAACCGGUUCUCAACAAAAAUCAGCAAACAUCAGAUUUAAGAAAUGCAUACAUUGGACCACCUCGAGGACCGAAUAUACCAGUUACGCUUGAAAAUAGGUUUCCUCAAAAACAGGGUUUGGAAGAUGAAGUUAAAGAAGAGCCUAUUCGAUCACCAGUCCCUGGGGUACCAUUGACGGUUGUUGCUCCGCCCCGAAAACGGCGGAAAGAGGAGGGUGAAGGAUCCGCCACUGUCCACGCCCCACUAGACUCAACCCGGGGGCAGUUUAAAACGGAGGGUGAGGCGGGGGAUUCAGGGCUUGUCACAUUUUUCCCAUUUCGGCCUGAAACAUGGGGAACAACUUGUAAUAAUGAAUAUAAGGCUGAAGGUGUCCCAGGGUUAACUGUUAGAGCGGACAAAGGGUUUAAUUACAGUGCCACAGAUGAGGCCUUUAUUGCACAGAAGAAGAACCAUUUUCAGCUGACUUGUCACGUGACAAAGGAUGGAAUGCACUCCAUGUUGAAAACUGGAACUGGAUACUCACAAAUACAAUUUCUUCAAUUAAACUUUGCAGGAGUAAAGAAGGAAGCCCCAGAUCACAUUAUCCAGAUUGAGCAGAGUCAAGCUGAUAGAUCAAGGAAAAAGUUUUUUCCGAUCCGGCUGAGCUUUAAGGGAGAUCAACCAAUGCGUGUUUCUGUAGGUCGUCUUCAUUUCUCUGAGACAACACUGAACAAUAUGAGGAAAAGGGGUAAACCGAAUCCAGAUCAAAGAUACUUCCAACUUGUUGUAAGCAUUGAAGCUGUACUUCAAAACAGGCAAACGGUUUGCCUUGUCGCUCUAGCAACAGAUAAAAUAAUAGUUAGGGCCUCGAAUCCUGGUUUGUUUGAGACUGAUACUAGUGAAGGAGGAUGGAUCAAGGGAGCAGAUACUCUCUACCAUUUGGGCAAGGUUGGGAUUGGAACUGAUGUUUCAGAAGAAAGUUUAACGGUGCAAGGAAACCUUCAGGUGGCUGGAGAAAUUUUACAUCCUUCUGACAGGAGAAUUAAAGAAGACAUCACCCUAAUGGAUCCAAAAGUUCAAUUACAAAAUGUACAAAAUAUUCAGGUUGUAAAGUACAAGUACAAGCCAGAAUAUCUUCAAAACUUCCCAGAGGAUGAAAGACAGAAAAUGGGCCAAUACCAGACAGGGAUAUUAGCACAGGAGUUAGCUCAAGUACUCCCUGAUGCAGUACAUACAGCAGGUGACCUGGAGCUCAGUUCUGGGGAGACUAUCCCAGACAUGCUCAUCGUUAACAAGGACAGACUCUUCUUGGAGAAUAUCGGAGCGGUUAGGGAGCUGAGUAAGAUGACUGAUAACCUUGGUUCAAGGAUUGAGGAACUGGAAUCACAUUCAGUUAAAAUGCACAAUCUUAAAAGGUUCGGUUCUGUGAGGUCAAGUACCAGCCUCACCUCCAGCUGCUCUGGGGUUCUGGGGUCAAGACACAGGUAA